AUGUCAGCACCCCAAAAGCGCCAGCAAGUCUUUCCUCCAGCUAAAGGUUCUUUUCCGAUUGAUCAUUUUCAAGAAUGCAACGAAAGCUAUGAUUCCUACAUGAAAUGUCUGAAAGACAAUCUUAAUCAGGCUUCAAAAUGUCGAGAAGCAACUAAAGACUAUCUUGAAUGUCGUAUGAAAAAUAACUUGAUGCAACGGGAAAAACUGGAAAAUCUGGGCCUUGCGAAAACGCCAAACACGUGA